AAAAAAUUUAGAGUUCUUUGAUUCAAGAAAUCCAUCCAAAAAAUGUCUCUGAUUCCAAGCUUCUUUGGCAACCGACGCAGCAACAUUUUCGAUCCAUUCUCUCUUGACAUUUGGGAUCCUUUUGAGGGCUUCCCUUUCUCAAGUUCAGUAGUCAAUAUCCCAAGUUCUGCCCGCGAAACUUCUGCAUUUGCAAAUGCUCAUAUAGACUGGAAAGAGACUCCAGAGCCCCAUGUAUUCAAGGCCGAUCUUCCUGGGCUAAAGAAGGUGGAGGUUGAAGAAGGUGGAGUGCUCCAGAUAAGUGGAGAGAGGAGCAAAGAGCAAGAGGAAAAGGAUGAUAAGUGGCAUCGCAUGGAGAGGAGCAGCGGCAAGUUCCUUGGCCGGUUUAGGCUGCCAGAAAAUGCAAAGACGGAUCAUGCAUGGAGAGGACAAACAAAAUUUCUGGGCUGGAGACCUAAUGCGGCUCCGCCCCUGAUGACAUUCAUGACAAAAUGUAUCGGAUACUCAAGCAACAUUGACGCAACAACAAUGCGGUGUGGACAAGAUCGGGCCAAACCAUUACCCCAUUUGUUGUUGCUUCAAAAUACAAACACAAAACAUAGAAGCGAGUGGCGGUGUCAUCUCUUGUUCGAGGAUAUGAGAGCGGCGACUUCAACUCCGGCAUCACGACGCAGCAACUUAAGGUGGUUUUUGUGCUCUCGUGAUGGUGCUGUUUGGGUGAUAAUGGUUGUGAUUUUGGUUACGGUGGUGAGGUUGUGGUGA